AUGAAGGUCACCGUACUCCUUGCAUUGGCCACGGCCGCCGUUGCUGACAUCAUCAACAACGAGUACCUCAAGACCGAAGUCAUUACUGAGGCCAAGUGCUCUCGCGCGAGCAAGGCUGGCGACAAGAUCCACGUCCAUUACCGCGGUACUCUUACAGACGGCACCGAGUUCGAUGCUUCAUACGGUCGUGGCGCGCCCUUGAGCUUCACCGUCGGCUCAGGCCAGGUCAUCAAGGGCUGGGACCAGGGUCUGCUGGAUAUGUGCCCCGGCGAGAAGAGGAAACUCACCAUCCAACCCAAGUGGGCAUAUGGCGAGCGGGGUGCUGGUCCCAUUCCCCCCAACAGCGUUCUGAUCUUCGAAUCAGAGCUCGUCUCCAUUGACGGCGUUGAAAAGGAGGAGCUCUAA